AAAUCUUACUGUAAAAGCUUGUGCAGAGGAAUAAGGAAAUAAUUCCAAUGUUAAAGAAGUUACUUUUUCUUGAGGAAUAAAACUUGAUCAAGACUGAGAUCCAUGCAUCAGAGGUGUGAGGACAAAUGGUUAUGGUCAAAGACACUGGGCAAGGGUCAAAUGACUACAAAAUUAACUUUAAGACCUGGGACAAAGGGCGAAACUUUGCAGACUCACUCAGGCCACAGAAAUUCUGCAUGAAAAAGAAUUUGAUUAAGAGUUUACCUGUAAUUUUGUUGGUAGUGGAUGAUUUCAUCCUUUGUAAGAACAGAAAUGAAAAUUGCCCUGUAUUUCAGGAAUCACUCACUCUAAACCUUGUAUUAAGUUUAGUGGUUGAAAAAAGGUAAAUUGAUAGUUGGACUCAGGUUGUGAAAUCAUCAGAGGCCUCCAGGACUUCCCUGGCUCCUGCUCUGACUGUGGGCUUUUCCAGACCCAAGCCAGUUGCUUUUCCCCCUGUUUGAUAAUCUUUAUGUGCACUUAUGAGAAGCCCCUAAAUAGCAUUAGCAACUUUGGAGUUGAGCACAGCUCUAAAGCAAUCUCCUGGACUGCUAAAAAUAAAAAUAAUAAUAAUCACAAUAUUAUAAAGAAGAAAGAAUGAAAGAAGAGUAGUGAUGGAAAGGAAGAAAUUAAUUGGAAUUGAGAGCUUUUAGGAUCAUUAUGGUGGGCAGAGAUGGAAGAGGGCAUUUAUGGGCAGAUGUAGAACUUUGAUGCCUGGGAAGGUCAUGGAGCAGAUCCUCCUAGAAGAUAUGUUAAGACAUCUAAAAGACAAGGAGGUCAUCCAAGACAGAUAGUGUCUAAAUCAAAUCUGGGGCCUACAUAAGGGAUUACUGAAGUGAAGGUUCUUGAGAUGGAUUUGCUGAAUGGAAGCAUCAGUCAGCAACUGUUGAAGCUAAAGCAGUGAGCACCUUGAUAGAAGUCAUCUGGAAACAUCCUUCAGAGUUCCAUGGGAAGGAAAAGGAAUAGAGAAUCCACUCCUGAGUGCUUUGGUGUAAAAAGCAGGAACCUUAUUCUAAUGCAAACAAUAACAACUGAUGUUGUGUUUGAGGAAGGAGACUUGUUGGCAAUUAAAAUCCCCAAAGAAUACAUCAAAAUUCUGCAAGGAUCAGCUGAGCUACAGACAAGGUGCCAGAUCAGUACAGGACAUUAGGUCCUUGAAAAUCUGGUGGUAAAAAAAAUACUAGAAAGCAAGAUGGGGAACUUCAUAUUUAAUUGGACUAUUCAAACCAUCAGUUUGGCUGUGACCUACUGUAAUGGACUGAUUAAAGGUGGAGUCUGCUGUGCCACUGAGUGUGGAGCUAAAACAUCUUGAUGCAACAGCUGAGCUGCUGCAGGAGCUGAGCUGUUUCAAAAGCUCCAGGAGAUCCCUAGCAAGCAAAAAGUUGUUACAAUCAAGAACACGGCGAGUACUUACUCUCCCAAAUAAGGUGUGCCAGGCAGAUCCCGCUUGGAUACUGGGGAACCAGCCAAUGGGCAGUCAGGGUCCAUUUUGGUACCAUCCCUUGGAUACUGGUGAAGUGGCCAAUGGGCAUCCAGGGUCUACUGGAGAGGGCAUUUAGGACGGUGCCCAGGGGGUGCCCAGGGUGGUACCGGGGCCUGCUGAGAGGGCUGGUGUCACUGUGUUACUCUGCCUGCCUGUUCCCGCUUCAGAGGCUGCAACUCAACCCAGGGAGAAGCACUUCAUGGUGGUGGGGACAGAUUCCUAAGCUGUAUUCCUGAUUUUUUCCCCCACUGUCUGAUAAAACAUCAUUUAUCAUGAGAAUGUUUAUUAAAUCAUGGAUUCCUCAGUGUCUGCAGAUUCUCAGGUUGCCUUGCAGAUCAUUCCAUGGAUACCACAGGCUUCUGACGUCUCAGAUUAUUUCCCAUUAUGAAGCAAUACACCAGUAUAAAAAGGAACUGCCUAAAUAUUUCAACUUUGCAAGUGAUGUCUUAGAUGAGUGGUCACAACUGGAAAAGGAUGGAAGAAAACCAGCAAAUCCAGCUUUUUGGUGGGUAAAUGAGGAGAGAGAGGAGGUGAAGUGGAGCUUUGAAGAGCUGGGAUUUCUCUCUAGGAAGGCAGCCAAUGUACUUUCUGAGGCAUGUGGUUUGCAGAGAGGAGACAGAGUUAUAGCAGUUCUGCCUCGGGUCCCAGAGUGGUGGCUCCUCAAUGUAGCCUGCAUGAGAACAGGAAUUAUCUUUGUUCCAGGAACAUCCCAACUGACAGCCAAAGACAUCUUAUACCGACUCCAGGCUUCAAAGGCCAAGUGCAUCAUUACCAGUGACACACUGGCACCUGCAGUGGAAUCUGUUGUGCCUGACAGCCAGUUUUUGAAAAGUAAACUAAUUGUAGGCAAAGGGAGCAGGGAUGGGUGGCUGAACCUCAAAGAACUCGUUGCGGUGGCAUCUGCUGAACAUAAAUGUGUCCAGACAAGAAGUCAAGACCCAAUGCUGAUCUAUUUUACUAGUGGAACUACAGGCUUUCCAAAAAUGGUGGUGCAGUCCCACAGCAGUUAUGGCAUCGGACUUGUAUCUGGUGGCAGGCGUUGGAUGAACUUGACUCCUUCAGAUAUAAUGUGGAAUACCUCUGAUACUGGAUGGGCAAAAGCAGCUUGGGGCAGUGUUUUUGCACCAUGGAUCUGUGGAUCUUGUGUCUUUGUACACCACAUGCCACAGUUUAAACCAGAAGUUAUUGCAGAGACUCUCUCAAGAUACCCCAUCACUACCUUCUGCACUGCUCCCACUGCCUACCGCAUGCUGGUCCAACAUGAUCUGAGCAGGUACAAGAUCAUGAGUCUGAAACACUGCAUAUCUGCAGGGGAACCACUCAAUCCUGAAAUGAUGGCAAAGUGGAAAUCCCAGACAGGGGUGGAUAUCCAUGAAGGUUACGGCCAGACCGAAACAGUGACAAUCUGUGCCAACAUGAAAGGAAUGAAAAUUAAACCUGGCUCUUUGGGAAAAGCCCUUCCCCCUUUUGAUGUGCAGAUCAUAGAUGACCAUGGGGCUGUUUUGCCUGCAGGAGAAGAGGGCAGCAUUGCUGUCCGAAUCCAGCCGACACGGCCCUUCUGUCUGUUCUCUGAGUACCUGGAUAAUCCGGAGAAAACUGCUGCCACUGUGCGUGGAAAUUUUUAUGUCACUGGGGACAGAGGGAUUAUGGAUGAAGAAGGAUAUGUCUGGUUUGUUGGGAGAGAUGAUGAUAUCAUUAAUUCUGCUGGGUAUCGUAUUGGCCCCUUUGAAGUGGAAAGUGCAUUAAUCCAACACCCAGCAGUGGCAGAGUCAGCUGUUGUCAGCAGUCCUGAUCCAGAUCGAGGGGAGGUAGUCAAAGCCUUCAUUGUUUUAACUCCUGCUUUUGCAUCACAUGAUCCAGAAAAAUUAACUCAGGAGCUUCAACAGCAUGUCAAGAAAGUGACUGCACCUUACAAGUAUCCAAGGAAGGUGGAGUUUGUUCAGGAUCUGCCAAAGACGGUUAGUGGGAAAAUCCAGAGAAAAGUCCUAAGGAACAGAGAGUGGGGGAGAGAAUGACAAGGGCAAGAGUGAUCUGGAAAAUGAGGAGAGAAAAGUUCCAUCACUGGUACCAGCCAUAACACAUCAAAUUUGGCAUGUGGUCAUGACCCAGAGAACUAGGAGAACAUCUAGAAAAACAAGCUAUGGAAGAAAAAGGAGAAAACACUCAUGGCUUGAGGAUGUGUUGGUAUUGGUAUUGGAACCUCUUUUGCCAUCGACCUAAAAAAUUUCGGAAGACAGAAGUUGCAAAUAAUUAGGAGUGUGGAAUGGGAGAGAGAAAGGACACACCCAGGAGCCUACAAAGGAUUGUUUUUAUUUAAAAAGUGUAACUACAAUACUUUGAUACAUAUAAAUAAAAGGGAAAAUAAUAAAAA